UGGGGGUGGUGGCGGGGAGGGUUGCCGCCGAGUGGGGGUGGCGGGCAGCAUGCUGCUCGGCUGCGGCUCGGCCUCCCACACCCGCGGCGCCCGCGUCCUCGGCGGCAGCGGCGGCCCCGCGUCUGCAGCGGCGGCGCAGGGUCCGAGCGGGCGGCAUGGCGCUGCGGCGGGGCGGCGGCGGGGCGCGGGGGCUGCUGCUGCUUCUGCUGGGCUGCCUGCUCCCGCCGGGCGUGCAGGGGAGGCGGCUGGCGCGCUGCCCCGCCACUUGCAGCUGUACCAAGGAGUCCAUCAUCUGCGUGGGCUCCUCCUGGGUGCCCCGGACCGUGCCCGGCGACAUCAGCUCCCUGAGCUUGGUGAAUGGAACAUUCUUGGAAAUCAAAGACCGAAUGUUUUCCCACCUGCCUUCCUUACAGCUGCUGUUGCUGAAUUCUAACUCAUUUACAGUCAUCCGGGACGAUGCUUUUGCUGGACUCUUUCAUCUUGAAUACCUGUUCAUCGAAGGGAACAAAAUAGAAACCAUUUCAAGAAAUGCCUUUCGUGGCCUCCGCGAUCUCACUCACCUUUCUUUGGCCAAUAACCACAUCAAAGCACUCCCUAGGGAUGUCUUCAGUGAUCUAGACUCUCUGAUUGAACUUGACUUAAGGGGCAACAAAUUUGAAUGUGACUGCAAAGCCAAGUGGUUGUAUCUGUGGUUGAAGAUGACAAACUCCACUGUCUCUGAUGUGCUGUGUAUCGGGCCCCCUGAAUAUCAGGAAAAGAAGCUGAACGAUGUGACCAGCUUUGACUAUGAAUGCACCACGACAGAUUUUGUUGUUCAUCAGACUCUGCCCUACCAGUCAGUAUCGGUGGACACGUUCAACUCCAAGAAUGAUGUAUAUGUGGCCAUUGCCCAGCCCAGCAUGGAGAACUGCAUGGUCCUGGAGUGGGACCACAUCGAGAUGAACUUCCGAAGUUACGACAAUAUCACAGGUCAGUCCAUCGUGGGCUGCAAGGCCAUCCUCAUUGAAGACCAGGUCUUUGUGGUGGUAGCCCAGCUCUUUGGUGGCUCACACAUUUAUAAGUAUGAUGAGAACUGGACCAAGUUUGUCAAGUUCCAGGACAUUGAGGUCUCUCGCAUCUCCAAGCCCAAUGACAUCGAGCUGUUCCAGAUCGAGGAUGAGACCUUCUUCAUCAUCGCAGACAGCUCGAAGGCUGGCCUGUCAACGGUGUACAAGUGGAACAGCAAGGGCUUCUACUCCUACCAGUCUCUGCAUGAGUGGUUCCGGGACACGGACGCCGAGUUUGUGGACAUUGACGGCAAGUCACAUCUGAUCCUGUCCAGUCGCUCCCAGGUCCCCAUCAUCCUCCAGUGGAACAAGAGCUCCAAGAAGUUUGUCCCCCACAGUGACAUCCCCAACAUGGAGGAUGUGCUGGCAGUGAAGAGCUUCCGCAUGCAGAAUGCGCUCUACCUGUCCCUCACCCGCUUCAUUGGCGACUCCCGUGUCAUGAGGUGGAACAGUAAGCAGUUUGUGGAGAUCCAGGCCCUGCCGUCUCGGGGAGCCAUGACCUUGCAGCCCUUCUCUUUCAAGGAGAAUCACUACCUGGCUCUGGGCAGUGACUACACCUUCUCCCAGAUCUACCAGUGGGAUAGAGAGAAGCAGCUCUUCAAGAAGUUUAAGGAGAUCUACGUGCAAGCGCCUCGGUCCUUCACAGCUGUGUCCACUGACAGGAGAGAUUUCUUCUUUGCUUCUAGCUUCAAAGGGAAGACAAAGAUUUUUGAACAUAUCAUUGUGGACUUAAGUUUGUGAAGGUGGAGCUGGCAAAUGGAGCAUUCAUGUAGCGGUGGUUCUGUCAUGAGAGAGAACUAUUGUGUGUGUGUGUGUGUGGAGGGUGUGAAUUGUAAAUCAGGGCAGGUUCAGAGCUCUGAGAUACAGUAAGGAAGGAAGGAAAGGUGGGAGGAGGGAAGGGAGGGAAGGAGGAAAAAUGUAGCGGGAAAUAGAUCUUUUCAGACUUUUAGAACUCACAUUUAUAUCAGGGAUGGCAUUUAUUGAUUCACUGCAUGGCACGCCCAUUCCACCCUGUAAAAAAAAAAAAAAGCCAUCUUAAAGCCUGUAAUCCCUGAGGGGGAGAAAAUAAGAGCACAGCAUUAACUCUUACCAUCUAGGAAAGUCAUGUGCUGUUUUUAAUUUUUAUGUGUUUUAUCUUAAUGAAGAAGAAAAUCGAGUAAGAUGGGAAAGCUCUUCCAAUGAAAUAAUAAUCAUACAUAACAAAUGAUAACAAUAAAGAGACCAAAUAAGCGA